AUGAACGAGUAUGAAGGGGAAACGUUGAAGGAGGCUUACGAGAGGGGCAUGUUCGAGACCAUGCCGUGUUAUCGGGCUAUGCUCUUGAUGUACCGUGAGAGGAACAAAGCCGUCGAAACAAGGCAUCAAGAGGAGCUCAAUAAGGUUCUCAUUGCUAAGAAACUGGAGUUCCUCGAAGAAUGA